AUGUAUUUUGUAACUGGAAACAACGCAAAGUCCAGAAUUAUUGACAUAACAAAGAUCGCAAGAAGUUUGGAUAACGACAUAUUUGAUUCUUUGAUCGGUCUUCAUGCAUUUACAGGUUUGGAAUAAUAAAAUUAUGUGACUGUGUCCCACUCAUGGCAAUUAAAUAUCACUUUUCGUCAUAUCCGUUUUUUAUAACAGUGUUGCUAUGGGUACGAGGGAACAAAUAAAAAUAUAUUCCCAUACGGAUGCAUUCAAAUUUGGCUUUGUCCCUAUAAGUAAACGAUUUGAUUAUGGGCACACGAUGUCGUUUUUCCGGUUUUUAUAUGUGGUUUGUUACCAAAAGAAUAGAAUUCCUGCAGCGGUUUAAUUGCCUAAAACAUCAGAAAAAGGAUGCCGUGUGUUCAUGGUAAAUUCGGGUGGCAUAAGACAUUGAACAUUUGUGCACUAAAUGAUUUAAAGCAUGUAUGUUUUAUUUAGGAUGCGAUACAACAAGCGAAUUCUAUGGGAAAGGGAAGAAAAAGACAUGGAAAUUGAUGGUGGAAAAGAAAAUGUUUGAUGGUUUUCGACAAUUAGGGUCAUGCUAUUUUCCGUCAUCCGAAACAUUCCAGCACUUAGAGAAAUUUGUUUGUGCGUUAUAUGGUCAAAAUGGAAUUAGCCACGUUAACGAGGCUCGGUAUCGUUUGUUCAAGCUCGGAAAUUUUUCUGAUGAAAAUCUACCUCCAAAUAAAGAUUGCCUAUAUCAUCAUAUCAGACGUGUAAAUUACCAAACACUUAUCUGGAAAAAGUCGUUUGACGCAGUCAUAAACUCGCCUGAUCCUGCUGAACAUGGAUGGGUUAUCAACAACGACGAAAUUGAGCUCAAAUGGAUGUCAAUUGAUGCAGCCCCAGAGGAAUUGCUUCAGUUUGUAAAUUGCGGUUGCAAAACAGGAUGCGAGUCCAAUAGAUGUGGCUGCAAACGAGCCAAUUUACAUUGUACUGAACUUUGUAAAUGUGAAAAUUGCAAUGUGAAAAUUGCAGUCUUGGGAUCUGACUCAGAUGAUGAAGAAGAUAUGAUCAACAGUAACCACGAGGAUGAAAACUUGAGCGAUGAUGAAUAA